AACACAAACCUUUAUCAACCUCAUUCAAAAGCUAUAUGAAGACGCCACAUGCCAAAUGAUCCACAAUCGAAAGCUCAGUGACGCCUCUGAAGUGAAGACAGGGGACAGGAGUGAGACAAGGCUGCUGUCUACUAUCACCGAUAAUCUUCCUGACGGUGGUGGACUGGAUCACGCAACGGACAACUGUGAGGAGUGAGGAGAGAAGCAUAUGCUGGAUGGAUGGAUGGAUGAAAAGAGCCGAGAAGAUUUGGAUUUCGACGCCGAUGAUGAUCUAUGACUUAUGUCUUUUCUCACAAACUCGAAGAUCUGUGAGCGAAAAGCAACAAGUUGACAGAGGGCUUAGUGCAGCGAAAACAGGACUUGAUUCAAGUGAACAUAGAAAAGACGGAGGUGAUGAAGAUACUCAACCAACAACAACAUUAACUGAGAUAAAAACAAGAGGCACCAAUCACCAUGAACGGGAGAGACCUAAACCAAGUAGUCUCAGUCACCUACGUAGACAGCAUCGUUUCAACUGCAGGUGGUGGCACAGAUGAGAACGUCGAAG